AUGGACAACACUCCACCCACCCGAACCCUCAAGGCACAAUGGCGCGUCCUCUCCCCCACCAAUCUCCCUAACCUCUCCCGCAUAGCGGCAACAAUCCAUCCCGGCCUCGCUGAACGCGAUACCGUCUUCUCCGAACGCAUAACUUUGUUUCCAGCAGGCUGUCUCGGAUUAUUCGACGAGAAGUCCAACACACUAUAUGGCUAUUUAAUUUCACACCCCAUCCGGCACCAGGAACCGCCCGAGCUGGAUUCGCUGCUGGGAGAAAUAGCGCCAGAUGCGGAUCAGUAUUACAUUCAUGAUUUGGCUAUUUUGCCAGGAGCCAGAGGGUCCGGACUUGCGCAAAAGGGAGUGGAAAAGGUACUGAGUACAGUGGCCCAGGUGUACAAAACGAGUAGUCUGGUGUCUGUAUAUGGGACGACAUCAUUUUGGGGCAAGUUUGGGUUUGAAAAGCCAGACGUGGUUAGUGCAAAGUUGAGUGAGAAGUUGCUUGGGUAUGGGGAUGGCGCUGUGUAUCUUGAACGAAAGAAUGGGUGA